AUGGAGAAAUCAAAUAUUUUUGUGAUAGGAAACAAUCAAGUGAAUGAAGAGAAGCCUCCACGACGUGUUUUUCCAAGGUGUAACUCAGACAACACCAAGUUCAGUUAUUACAACAACUAUAGGGUGUCUCAACCGCGCUACUUCUGCAAAAACUGUCACCGACACUGGACUCAUGGUGGAACGCUAAGGGACAUACCGAUUGGUGGAAGUGGCCGUAAAACCAAGCGUCCAAAGAUAAAUCAACCUUCUGUUUCUCAGGUAGUUUCUGUUGAGAUCCAACAAGUUAAUCACCAUCAACCUUUCUUACAUGUUCAAGAAACCAAUGAGUUUACUGGAACUUCUGAUUCUUCUUCUUCUACUGUUGUUCCUGCUGGGAACCAUUUCAGUUCUUUACCUGAAAUUCAUGGUGAUAUGGUGCUUCCAGUUCAAAGUUUUCCACCAUUGGAUUGUUUAGAUUUCUCUGAUGAAUCGUUUUACCAAGAUUAUUGUGAUGUUGAAUCCAAUGCUUUGAUUGGUAAUCCUUUGAUAAACCAACCGAUUGGUGGUCAUGUAAAUAAUUAUAACAAUUACUGA